AACAAAGCUGCAGGAGACACCGAGGAGGGAGGGGGGCAAUACCCAGGUGAGCUGCCGAAUAGAGACGGUGAGACACCGAGAGGUGACGUCAGCCCAGGGGCAGGUCGGGAGCUGACGUACAGAGAGGGCGAGCUGAGGGGAUGGUGCGGAGAUGGACUCUCACUCUCUGCCUGAUCCUGCUGGCAGCGGUCACGGAGAGCAUCGUGAUUGAGGUGGUGGGGCCCCAGGCGGUGGUUGUCGGGGACGACGCCGAUCUGAGAGUCACCUAUGCCAGCUCUGCCAAACCUCACGUUAUGUGGGCCCUGGGCGAUCUCUUUGCCAGCUGGGACAUCGGAGACAACUCAUCGCUGCAGAUAUCGGAGACCUUCCAGCAACGGCUGGAAGUGAACACCAGCACAGCUUCGAUCGUCAUCCUUGGCACAAGGCUGGCCGACAGUGGCACGUAUACCAUUUCCCUCAGCGCCUUGGGAGAGAGGCCAAGUAGCCACAACAUCAGCCUGACGGUCUAUGAGCUCAUCACCAACGUCAAGGUGACCGUGCCCACGGCUGACAUUAAGGAGGGUGACCCAACGCUGACUUUGACUUGUACCAUGACAACGGGGACAUGGGAUGCCCUGGCUUGGUUCAAGGAUGGUGAGAGAAUCAGCAGCAAUUCUCACCGGCUGCUGGUCAAGAAUGAAUUAAUCCUACGCAACGUGGUCCGAGGAGAUGCCGGAACCUAUUCCUGUGAUGUACAGAACCCCUUCAACAACGGCACAGCCCAGGAGUCGCUCCAGGUUUACUACGGCCCCGAUGUACCCGUUGUGACCAUCAACUCCUCCAGUGACCCCAGCCCCGAACGGUACGUUUUGGUAAACUCCACCGUGACCCUGAGGUGCCGAAGUGAGUCGGAGCCGCCGGCACGGUAUCUCUGGAGCGUGGGUGAGAGUGAGGACACGAGUGUGCCGGACCAUUCGGUCCUGACCCUAACCCAUGUGCAAUUGGACCAGGCUGGCACCUACAGCUGCAUCGCCAGCAACGCCAAACUGUCCAGGAUUGUCCGCAAAACCACCAGCGUCACCGUCUACGAGCUGCCUGAGGGGGAGCCGAGGUGUGCCAUGGUGUCCAUCGACAGUGGGGCAAAGCUACGGUUCUCCUGCAAGUGGCCUGGGGGCUUCCCCUUCGCACAGAUCCAGUGGCUGGGCCUCUCCCGGAAUCUGACAGCUCCGUCUCAUCUUGUCCAGGAUGAGGGAUCUCCGGAAGGUCUGCACCAGACCAAUGUUACCUGUUUAUGUCAGCACCCAGCAGCAACUAAGAUCUGCCUACUGCAGCCAGAGGCACCGUUGGUCGUCCCAUCAUGGCUGGUAUUAAAAGGGACACAGGGGAAAGCCAUGGUCACUCUGAAAUGCCAGGUCACAUCGGAUCCAGCCGCUUCCAUUCGCUGGUUCCGGGACCGGGCUCAGCUGGCCAGCUCUGGGAACGUGGGGUUCUCCGCCAAUAACUCGGAAUUACACGUCCGGGAUUUCUCCAUUAGGAACGACACCCGGGAACUACAGCUGCUCCUGCAGGAACCCGCUGGGAGAGAGCAGGCCCACAAUGGAACUCACCGCCCCCCGCCUCCUCGGGCUGUCAGUGCUACGACUCAAUGGGACAGCAGUCUCUCUGUCCUGGAGUGUCCGCCCCUCCGAUGUGGUCACUUCCUUCCUCAUCCAAUCACGUGUUGGGACACAGCGCUCCGUCAGCCCCUCCAGUUCCUGGAGCACCCUGCAGGAGGCAGCGAUGUCCCAACGCUCCACCACCAUCACCAGGCUCCCGGCUGACACCGGGUAUUCCUUCAGAGUGAUCCCGGUCACAGGAAAUCAACUAGGAGAGGCAUCGCCAACCCAGUCUGCUGCUGCCACCGUCAACAGUAGCCUGAGUGUGGGUGCCAUUGUUGGCAUUGUGUUGGCAUGUGUGGUCGGCAGCGCCCUCAUCCUCAUCCUCAUCGUCUGCUUGAUCCGACGUCAGA